AUGAAAGUGCUAAGGUUCAAGCACAUCUUUUUUGGGAGCUUUGAUGACUCCAGUGGAGUAUCCCAGACAGUGUUCACCUUCCUUCUGAUUCCAUGUUGCUUGACUCUGGAUUUCAGAGCACCCCCUCUUAUCCCAAAUGUGCCUUUCCUCUGGGCCUGGAAUGCCCCAACUGAACUUUGUGUUGGAGCACUUAAUGAGCCACUAGAUCUGAGCCUCUUCUCUUUAGUAGGAAGCCCCCGAAAAGAUGUCAUAGGACAAGAUGUUACAAUAUUUUAUGUUGAUAGACUUGGCUACUACCCUUAUAUAGGACAUUCGGGCACGAUCGUGUAUGGAGGAAUCCCUCAGAACGCGUCCUUACAAGACCAUUUGGACAAAGCUAGGAAAGACAUUCUUUAUUACAUACCAACAGACCAUGUGGGCUUGGCUGUCAUUGACUGGGAAGAAUGGAGGCCCACUUGGGCAAGAAACUGGAAACCUAAAGAUAUUUACAAGACUCGUUCUAUUGACUUGGUUCGGCAAAAAAAUACAAGCCUUAGCGUCGCAGAGGCUACCAAGAUAGCCCAAAAUGAAUUUGAAACGGCAGGAAAGGAUUUCAUGCGAGAGACUUUAAAAUUAGGGAAAUUACUUCGGUCAAAUCACUUAUGGGGUUAUUAUCUUUUUCCUGAUUGUUACAACCAUAAUUAUAGGCAACCUGGUUUCAAUGGAAGUUGCUUUUAUAUAGAAAAGAAAAGAAAUGAUGAUCUCAACUGGCUGUGGAAGGAAAGCACUGCCCUUUACCCAUCAAUUUAUUUGAACACCUUAAUGUCUCCUACACAAGCUGCGCUCUAUGUGCGAAAUCGAGUUUAUGAAGCCAUUAGGAUUUCCAAAAUACCUGAUGCUAAAAGGCCACUUCCAGUUUUUGUAUAUGCCCGCCUAGUUUUUACAGAUUCAACUUUGAAAUUCCUUUCUCAGGAUGACCUUGUGAAUACACUUGGUGAAACUAUUGCUCUUGGUGCUUCUGGAAUUGUAAUAUGGGGUAGCCUUAGUGUACUGCGAAGUACGAAACCUUGCUUGAACCUAGAGGACUACAUGCAGACUACACUGAUUCCUUAUGUAAUCAAUGUCUCCCUAGCUGCCAAAAUGUGUAACCAAGUGCUUUGCCAGGAAAAAGGCGUGUGUACAAGGAAAAACUGGAAUUCAAGUGACCAUCUUCAUCUGAACCCAGCGAGUUUUGCUAUUCAAAUUGGGAAAGGUGGAAAGUACAUUGUGCAUGGAAAACCCACACAUAAUGACUUGCAAGAAUUUCAUGAAAAUUUUCACUGCAGCUGUUUUACCAACAUGACUUGUAACACUAGAGAUGAUGUAAAAGACAUUAGUGCUAUUAAUGUGUGUGUUGCUGACGGUAUUUGUAUAGAUGCCUAUCUAAAAUCGGAACCCAGUGAUCUACUUUCCAGUUGGAAUGAAGAACCUUAUUUCACUUCCUAUGGUGUCUCAUCCUUCACACCAUCUGCCAUAAUGGUCUUUGUUAAUAUUUUGUUUCUCACCAUGAGUUCUGCAGUGAAUUUGUAA